UUCACGACUUCGCGGACUCCCCUCUCUCUCUCUCUCUCACGCCCGUGCCCCGCCGGCAUCAGAUCUCCUAAAUUUCCUCUCUCUCGCUUUUUCUGCAGUGAGCGAGACAGUCGCUCACGGUCAGAAUUUGUAUUUGCGCUGAGAGAAGUUUGUGUGGAGAAGGCUGCCAAAGAUUCGGCCUCAUCCUUCUUCUUCUACUUGUCACUACCAGCUGGUUAGCGUGGGAUUCACCUGCGGAGUGCUUUAUCGAGAAAAAAAGGAGCUGGUUCGCUUCAAACAUAAGUAUGAGCUGCUUUAGUUGCUGUGAUGACGAUCCUAUGCAUAAGGCAGCUGACAGUGGGAGCUCAUUUCCCCCAAAUGUUGUAGCAAACCAUCAGCGCAAUGAAGGUGCUUACCGUCCCACAGAAGCAGCUCCUAAAGGUGCACAAACUGUGAAGGUUCAACCUAUCUUAGUUCCUGCUCUUUCAGUGGAUGAGUUGAAGGAGAUAACAGACAACUUUGGUGCUAAAUCCCUAAUUGGAGAGGGCUCAUAUGGGAGAGUAUACUUUGGUGUCCUAAAAAGUGGUCAAGCUGCAGCAAUCAAGAAGCUGGAUGCUAGUAAGCAGCCCGACCAAGAAUUUCUUGCUCAGGUUUCAAUGGUUUCAAGGCUUAAACAUGAAAAUGUGGUGGAGCUAGUUGGCUACUGUGUUGAUGGAAGCCUUCGUGUUCUUGCAUAUGAAUUUGCAAGCAUGGGAUCACUACAUGAUAUUCUUCACGGACGGAAAGGUGUGAAAGGAGCUCAACCAGGUGAUGUCUUAAGUUGGACACAGCGAGUGAAAAUUGCUGUAGGUGCUGCAAAAGGGCUCGAGUACUUGCAUGAAAAAGCACAGCCUCACAUUAUCCAUCGUGAUAUAAAAUCCAGUAAUGUUCUGUUAUUUGAUGAUGAUACGGCUAAGGUAGCUGAUUUUGACCUGUCCAAUCAAGCACCUGAUAAUGCGGCAAGACUUCACUCCACUCGUGUGUUGGGUACUUUUGGGUAUCACGCUCCAGAAUAUGCCAUGACUGGGCAGCUGAGUUCAAAAAGUGAUGUCUACAGCUUUGGGGUUGUCCUUCUGGAGCUUCUGACAGGUCGGAAGCCCGUUGAUCACACACUCCCAAGGGGGCAGCAGAGUCUUGUGACAUGGGCAACGCCAAGACUCAGUGAAGACAAAGUUAGACAAUGUGUGGAUCCUAGGCUUGGUGGAGAUUACCCUGCUAAAGCAGUGGCAAAGAUGGCUGCAGUAGCUGCCUUGUGCGUGCAGUAUGAAGCUGACUUCCGGCCAAACAUGAGCAUCGUGGUGAAGGCUCUACAACCUCUACUAAACGCACGCCCUGGGCCAACUGGUGACGCUCCAAGCUUGUGAAUUUCCCCCCAUCUCUUCUGGCCUCGGUCAGCGCCGAUGCUACUAUUGAGCUUGUCGAUUGGGUGAUUGUAGAUUGAUGUAUCAUUCUGCCGACUUACAUAAUUUUAUCUCUUUCCUGAAGAAGGAAAAUUAUAUGGAAGACCCUCAUGAGUUUUCACGAA